AUGGAUGACGAAAUCGAAAUUGAUCUUGAAUGGUAUAAUGAAUUGGUUAGGAGGUGCAGCAUUCAGGCGUGUGCUCGAGAAAACAUUGAAGUUGCUCGAACGAAAAACCCGGAUGACAAUGAAAAAGAGCUGAGAGCUCUUGAUUCGGCGCUUAAAAAGACGACGUCUUUCAUGAAAAAAAUUAAAACGCUGAAUGCUGCGUCGAUAUCGGGAAUUAUUCAGGAAAUGUCGAAAUUGAACUUGUCAAAAUUUGUUGAGGAAAUGGCAUCGGCAAUUAUUGAAGCGAAAUUGAAAAUCGCCGAUAUCGAGAAUGUCGUUGUAUUAUGCCAACAGAUUGAGAUGAGAUAUCCGAAUUUCAGCGAAAUUCUUAUAGGAGAAUUCAAAAAAGUGUUGCCUUUGAAGAAGGCGGACACUAUUACGAACAGUGCAAAGCUUCGCGUUGAUGUUCUACUCUUGGCUGAACUCGUUGUGUGCGGAUUCUUCAUGAAGAAGGACGGACUCCAGAUUCUCGGAGGAGUUCUUACUUAUAUUGUGCAAACUGAUAAGACCGAAUUUGUGAAUGUGGGGCUUCUCAAUAGUAUUUGUCGGAAUGUUGGAUGGCAGAUUGCUGGAAUUUGUCCGUUGCCAUCUGGUCAGGAAACGAUGAAUGUGCAGAAAAAGGACCUUCCGAGCUCCACAGCGUUGACUGAAGAGCAGAAGACGUCGAUUCGCAAUUUACUAAUGGGAUAUUACGAGGCGUUGUAUAAUAAGACGGAGAAGGCAUGCACAGCUAGAAACAAAUCGUUGAAGAAGGUCAAAAAGCAAGAGAGAACAAGAGGUGAUGCUGCCGAAUCGGAGAGAAAUGCGCUCAAUCAAGCUCAGACCGAAUUCGAUCACUGCAGGAAACUCGUUGGUGAAUUGAGUUGUGCGCUUGGUGUUGCCUUGAAGGAAUUCAACGAGGAAGCAAGCGAUGAUGAGGAAGAUGAAGCUGCUAAUGUGGAGAUGGGCAGGGCACUCGCUGAAGGCGAAGUUCAUUUGUGGCAAGACGAUGAGACGAGAGCGUUUUAUGAGAAUAUUCUGGAUCUUCGCGAGACUGUUCCGAAAUCGCUUUAUGAGGAAUCGGAGAAGCGAACGAUUGAAAGCGGACCGAUGCAGAAGAAUAUAGACGACAUUGAUAUGGACAAUUUGAAUGAGCAACAGAGUGUUGAUUUAUCGGCGAGAGCUCGAAGCUUCAAAGAAGGAGAGCAAUCCUUUGAGGAACAUCGCGAUUUAUUCGCAAUUAGUGAUGAGAAGGAGAAGGUCACGAAUAACUGGCAGUCAUUUAUGCUGGAUCUUAAUCAUUGUGUGAGCAAGUAUUCAGCGGACAAGGCUGCAAUCUUCUUCGUCUCAUCACUGAACACGAAAAGCAAUCGGAAGAAGCUUGUGAAUUUGAUGGUCAAUCCGCCGCAAUCUCGUCUCGAUUUGCUGCCGUUCUAUGCUCGUCUUGUUGCCACAUUGGAGGCCGUUAUGCCUGACGUUACCAUCGAAGUUGUCAACAAUAUUCUCGCCAAGUUCAAAGAAUACAUGCAGGACAAUGGGAAUGCUCGAAUUCAAGACAAGCUGUCAUGCGUCAUGAUGAUCGCUGAAUUGAUGAAAUUUGGGCUUAUAUCGCGUGCUGAAGGUUUGAGCUGCUUGAGACAAUUAGUUUAUGACCUACGCGGGCAUUGCGUUGACAUGACGGCCACCAUGUUGGAAUCGGGUGGAUUCUAUCUUUAUCGUCAUACUGACAGUCACGCCAAAAUGAAGCGACUUUUGGAGGUUGUCAAAGCGAAAAGAGACCGAAUGAAGGAUAAUCGAUAUAUUAUGCUCAUCGACAACGCUUAUUUUGCAUGCCUACCGCCGGAGGAUUCUGCGCAGGAACGUGCCCGAAUGCAGAACAACCGAGAAAAUACGCCGAUGAAGAUGUUCAUACGUCAUAUCAUUCUCGACAUCAACAGUUUGAAUGUUGAUGAUUGUCUGAAAGGAUUGCGAAAACUUGAUUGGGCGGAUCCUGAGAUUCGAAACUACACUCUGAAAUAUUUGUCGUCGCCUUGGCUUCUUCCCGUCGAGAACCUUCAACAUUUGGCAUCGGCUGUCACCGGACUCAGCAAUUUGAGUCUAUUCAAAUGGGUUGGAGUCGCUGUGACUGAUGCGAUUCUUGAGAUGAUCCGGUUGUCUCUUGAACUACCUGGUGUGUUCAAUCAAUGGUCGCAAGCGGCGAUAAUCUACCUUGGAGAAUUGUAUAAUUUCUCCUUUUGUGAUGAAGAGCUGCUGGUUAAGGUGAUGUACCAAAUCAUCACAUUUCCUGAAAACGAGGCGACCGAUUGGCGCAAUUUGCAUCGUGUUCGACUAGUUUGCUCACUUCUCAAAGUUUCCGGUGAAUAUUUGAAGAAGGAGAGGAAAUUGCAAAUUAAGUACUUUUUGAUCUACUUCUACCGAUAUUAUUAUAUGAAGAAGGAGCAAUGGGAUGCGGAGAUAGCCAAGCUAAUGGAAGUUGGUGCGAUUGAAGAAUGCGGAUCGGUGCUAACCAAAUUCCCAUUUGAAGUUGAAACGGCGUUCAUUGAGGUCAGCAAAUUGUUCCGCACCCGAAGUCGUCUUCCACAAAAUUUGGCAGAUGCCACUAAAAUGGUUGAGGAUAUUGAAGCUCGUUAUAAGGACAUGGCAAACCUUGAUCAGUCCGAAUCUGAUCGGCAGCCUAUUCGACGGGAAUCCGACGAUCUCGAUGCAAUUUUGGAAGAGGAAGAAGAUGAGGAAGAACCUGAAGCUCAAGAUUCGGAUGAUAUGGUGUGUGAUUUCGGCGACGAUCAGAAACUUCGAUAUCAUAUUGAAAAGGAAAGAGAAGCGUCGAAAGAGGAAGACGAGGAAUUCCAGCGAGAGCUUGAUCGACUUUUGUCGGAUUCUUAUCGAACACCGGUCGUUCAAAAUAUCAAUGCGGUGGACAUUUCGUUGCCAGCUUCGAUCAAAACGCGAUUCGAGAGAACUAUCAAAUUUGCUGACGAAGAAGGCGAUUCGAAUCCGACGACAUCGGUGAUCUCAUUGGCGCACUCGAAAGAAACUCGAGAUGGCGAUGAUGAGCCGCCAAGAGUUCAAAAAGUUGUGUUGAUGACGAGAGGCAAAAAGAAUAAACCGCAACUCAAGACGAUCGCGAUGGAGGAUCCGGAGCUGCGUAAGCGGUGGGAGCUUGAGCGGAAGCGCGAAGCGAUGGAACGCGAGAACAACAAGAUGAUCACGUUGGGACAUCAGCGGAGAAUUGAGAAUGAGGAGCAGAAGGCGCUUGAAGCUCAAAUGAAUCGAAUGAAAAUCAAGAAGUAUCAUCAUUGA